GGAUACAAAGUCAGCCUUAGGAGUUGACAGCCAGGUCCAUGGAAUAGAUCGUCUUUUCUCAUAGGGAAAGGAAACAGGGGAAGAACCGAUUCGAUUCAGAUGAACGACAGGCCGACCAACUGACCCAGCUGGGAGAACGAUUACAAGAGCAUCCUUCAGUGGAAUUCGAUGAUGUGUAGCUACAACAAAUGGGAAUAUUUCAGCGUUAUGAUACGCCCAUGCGACGAGCUGUGUGGAUGUUGUGAUGUACGGUGAACGAUCCAGGCAACCACAAACAUCAGAAUUCAGAAAACCGGUUGUUUUGGCAGGAGGAACGCAUGGAUACUUAACCACUGAUCUCUGGAUUAUAAGAAAUAUUGUUGCAGAAUAUAGAAAGGAAUUAGGUGGAUAUUAUUGUUGUUGUUAUUAUUAUUAUUAUUGUAAAGAUGGUGGACACAUCUUGUUUUGGCUUGUAUUUGGGCAACAUAAAAACAUUAUGGAGAAUUUCAUUGCCUAAUCGCGACGACCUGGAUAAAAGUCACCUUAAUGCAAGCCAUCCGCAUCACUCUCAUUCUUCAUAGAAAAUAUCUCAAUAUCGCUGUAUCGUAAUAAUCCAAGACCAAGCUGACGUUUCGCUUGUCACAUUGCUAUUUAUAUAGACUACGCAACUGAUUCCAGCUUUAUGAAUCAACUGCUCUAUGACAAUAAAAUGUCUACUGUUCAAAUGACAAUCAUGGAAAAUGAGGACGAAAUGAUCGAAGUAAGCACUUGCACAUGCGUUUCAUAGAAAUAACACGAACCGACAGUCGAUUUGGUUUAUGACGUGGAUUAAAUUGCAAACAGUAGACGUUUAGUAGCUGUUGUAACGCUUGUCGAUGAAAUAUUAAUACGCCGAAUAUAUGCCUUUCUUGAAAUGCAAAUCGAUAAAUAUGUGGCGUACAUUAUGCAUGACGAUUAAAGCUAAUGACAACCACGGCUCUGCCAGCUCUGUGUUGUGAUUCUCAUCUUAAAAUGGACGCGCGCUUUCCUUGAACUGUCUUUAAAGUUCGCGAUGUACCGGAUUUAUACAACACAAGAGAAACUCGAAGUAACUAUUGCGAAUGUGCAAAUAAUUGUGGAGGUUUUGAGAUCGCGAGCUGGUGCAUAUCUGUGAGCCUAUCAGAGCUGAAUGUCUGAGGAUGCCUUAAGUCUGCGCAUGCAUGCGUUUAAGGCUAUGAAUAUUCUUUAACAUCCAUUGCAAAAAAAAAAAAAGAGUAACAUCGAUGUACGUUUACAUAUAUGAGAGUUUUACAUGUAUCAGACUUGGAUGGAUUAGAGGUUAAGACAACAUUCCAGUGCAAGCUUUUUAGGUAGAACUUAACCCCAGCUAGAACAUGAUUAUGUGAUGUAAGGCAAAUUAUCAGAAGACCCAUCUAGUUACUGUUUUAUCUUCAGUAAUAUUUGUUUACUUGUGGAUUCUGCUGUUAAAAAGAGAAACCAAGCAAGCAGUCUCCAAGGCCUUCAAUGAUUCUUCUAAUGGGAAAGUCCAACGCUGCAUCAAGCAACCAAAAAGAUAAGAUUCUCAAGGCUUGAUGAUCUGGAAAUUCUCACCUAAUCUCAAGGACUUUGGUUUCUCCAGGAAAAACUUGGUUCGCACUGCAAAACUCUUUUCAGUGUCAUCUUCUUAGUCAUAUUAGAGCUGUAAGCACACAUUGACUGACUAAAAUGGCUCUAUAAAUGUUAAGACACAAACAAAGUGUGCUGUGGACAAUCCAAGCAAUCAGUGAGGACAGAGCUGAGGCAGCCCCACAGAAGCUUUACUUAUUGAUUCUGUUCCUCAUCAAGAAGGCCUGCACUCAGUAGAUGGGCUCUGCAUGGAUAUUGUGCACAAGUUGACAGAGGGCCUCCUCCAGCUUUUGAGACCACAUCGCUGACCUGAAUACUCAGUGAUGGACCCAUAUAUGAGGCAGAGUGGAGCUGGAGCUGGAGGCAGUGCUGCCCCGCUACCUUGCACCAGCAGGGGAGGUUCCUGUGGACCCCCAGUUCCCCCUGCCCUCCCAGCAAAUGCAAACUCAAUACCCUGUCUGACACAGAACAACAGCAGCCAGAACUCCUCUACAUUUUCCUCUUCAGUGGGCUCCCCAGAUUCCCAUCUUUCUCAUCAUCAUGAAGGCAGUAACAUGUACUGGACGGCUGUCUUUGAUUAUGAGGCCACAGCAGAUGAGGAGCUGACCUUGCGACGUGGCGACCUACUGGAGGUGCUCUCCAAGGACUCUAAAGUGUCUGGAGAUGAGGGUUGGUGGACUGGCAAGAUCCAGGACAAGGUGGGCAUAUUCCCUAGUAAUUAUGUGACCCGACGGGACACCAGCUAUCCAGCGUUGCCUCCGGGAGGUCUGGUCGGUGGGGAGUCACCACUGGAGAUUGAUUUCUCAGAGUUGUGCUUGGAGGAGGUGAUUGGUGCUGGAGGCUUUGGAAAGGUGUACAAGGGUGCGUGGCGAGGUGAGGAAGUAGCUGUUAAAGCAGCUCGUCAGGACCCAGAUGAAGACAUCAGUGCUACGGCAGAGAAUGUGAGGCAGGAGGCCAGACUCUUCUGGAUGCUCCGACACCGCAACAUCAUCGCUCUUCGAGGUGUUUGCCUGCGGGAGCCAAAUCUUUGCCUGGUUAUGGAAUAUGCCCGUGGCGGGGCACUUAACCGGGCACUUGCUGGGAAGAAGGUUCCUCCUCGGGUACUGGUGAAUUGGGCAGUGCAGGUUGCGACGGGAAUGGACUACUUGCACAACCAGACCUUUGUGCCAAUCAUCCAUCGAGACCUCAAAUCCAACAACAUUCUGAUUCUGGAGCCUGUGGAGAGAGAUGUCCUGAGCGGGAAGACUCUGAAGAUCACAGACUUCGGCCUUGCUCGGGAAUGGCAUCGCACCACGAAGAUGAGCGCAGCGGGCACGUAUGCCUGGAUGGCUCCAGAGGUCAUCAAGCUGUCCCUGUUCUCCAAAAGCAGCGAUGUUUGGAGUUUUGGAGUGUUACUCUGGGAGCUGCUGACUGGUGAGGUGCCAUACCGUGAAAUCGAUGCUUUGGCUGUGGCCUAUGGAGUUGCUAUGAACAAGCUGACCCUUCCCAUCCCCUCCACCUGCCCUGAGGCCUUUGCACAGCUGCUGGGAGAGUGUUGGUGUCCUAACCCACAUGGACGUCCUUCUUUUGGGAGUAUCUUGAAAAGGCUGGUGGACAUUGAGCAAUCAGCCAUGUUCCAGAUGCCCCUCGAGUCUUUCCAUUCCCUGCAGGAAGACUGGAGGCUGGAGAUUCAGCAGAUGUUUGAUGAACUACGAGCAAAAGAGAAGGAGUUACGAUCCUGGGAGGAAGCUCUGGCGCGGGCAGCUGAGGAGCAGAGGGAGCAAGAGGAGCAUCUGAGGAGGCGUGAGCAGGAGUUAGCCGAGAGGGAGAUUGACAUCGUGGAGAGAGAGCUCAACAUCAUCAUCCAUCAGAUGUAUCAAGAGAAACCACGAGUGAAAAAACGCAAAGGCCACUUCAAAAAGAGCAGACUGCUCAAACUUGGCAGAGACAGCAACUGCAUCAGUCUGCCAUCUGGUUUUGAACAUAAGAUCACAGUGCAAGCAUCACCCAGUGUGGACAAGAGGAAAGGUCAGGGUAGUGAAAGCACCACUCCUCCAGCCAGCCCAGGGGUCAUCCCUCGCCUCAGAGCCAUACGCCUGACGCCCAGUGAUGGAAGGAAGACAUGGGGCCGGACGGCAGUGUGUAAGAAAGAGGAUCUAGGGACCAAGAAGAAGGGCCGAACAUGGGGGCCCAGCUCCACACAUCAGCGCGAGAGAGUCGGUGGAGAGGACAGAUUCUCAAGCCUAAAUGAAAUGGAGGAGCACUGUGAGUUUGAUGACAGUUCCCCAGGACGCCUGGCUCCUGACCUGGGCAGUAAUGGAGCGAUGGAGGAGGUGGGUUUAGGAUCAGCGAGUACAGGGCCGGGAAUAGGCUCACAGGAUUCAGUUCGGCGCUGCAGCCAGAGGAAAAAGAGUGACCUUCUGCUGCUGGGCUGUGCCUCCGUACUGGCCGCUGUGGGCCUUGGUUCUGACAUCUUCCAGCUGGGACGACCACAGAUGAGUCAAGAUGAGCAGGACCCGCGAGAGGAGCAGAAAAAGAAGAAGGAGGGUUUGUUCCAGCGCACGGGCCGAUUUAGACGCAGCACCUCUCCACCCAGCCGCACACUGUCACUCUCCCUGUCCCACAACCGCCAUCACGACCCCAUCCUGCCCAGCAUGGACCCAUCUCCUUCCGUUACCCUCCUCUCUUUGUCCUCCCUCUCUGACUGCAACUCCACCAAGUCCCUGUUGCCCUCUGAUCCUGAUGACUUUGCCCCGACCCCUAGUAGUGCUCACCCGGUGGUCUCUCCUGCGCCAUCAUUAAACCCUCUGUUAGACCUGAGAGCAGAGAGCUUCAAACGAGAGCCCAAUCAGUCCCUCACACCCACCCACGUCUCUGCAACUAUGGCAUUAAACCGUGGGCACCGCCGCACGCCCUCUGAUGGGGCCAUCCGUCCUCGAGCACAGUCGGUCGUGGGGCAUCGACGCACCCCCUCUGAUGGGAGCAUGCCCUUCCCCCCUGCAUCAGCCCCGACCAUUACACCAUAUACAGGUUCUCGUGAAACUCUUGACAUUCCACGCCUGCCUGACCCGUCUAUGGUCUACCCCUCAGCCCAUCGCCGCAAACCUCCUCCUCCCAUCCCCAUCCCCGUGCCAGAGCCAGACAGCCAUACGGGCACACUAGAGCGUCCCAAAACCCUUGAGUUCGCUCCUCGCCCCCGACCAACCCCCGCUCGGGCACGUCCGGACCCCUGGAAACUGUCAUCUCUGUCCCAGACGCUCAGUUCGUCUCCAGGUAGCAGCUGUGACAGUCCGCUGGGCUCGGGUGACAGCGGAGUGAGCGCUGGAGUGGAAGUCAUCCAUCAAAGCCUUCUCGACAUGGACAUGGAAGGCCAGAACAAGGACAGUACCAUCCCCCUGUGCGGACAACACCCACAGGCCACUCUAUGCGGUCAACAUUUCUCAUAGGAAGACAGACACCCCACCGUCUGGGCUGAUGCACACUAACCAGCACUCUGUGGCCAUCGUGAGAGGUUUCCCCACAGUUUGCCCCGUGAUCCCAUCAGACCACGUUCUCUGGCAGCUCUAAUGGAAAAGCUGCCCUCUGCAGUAGCUAGAUAGUCACCUUCUGGACAGGUUAAGAGAUAAAUGACCUUGAUUUUGUUUAUCUCAGCCUGUCAACAAUGACUCAUUCUCUGGGAGUUUAAUGGGCCUCACAACGGCUGAGAACGGUUGUUUAUACAGUGGCUUAUUAGUGAGCAGGAGCGGGCAGUCUAACUACUGUAGGUCUGUGACAUUCCUUGUUUGUCCAUAUCUAUGUUAUCAUAGGGAAAGUCUCUCUUGCCUCUUCUUCUUCAUCAUGGUCUCCAUGGAUACAACCUGUUUUUUGGCCUGGAAGAAAAAUGCUAAGGUUUUUUUUCAACCUCAUCCCCUCCAGUGUGUACAUUGUAAUGUUCAGUGAUGCUUUCUGUAUUUACAUUCAGGAGAAUUGUGUGUGCAGGUAAUUGCAGUGACACAGGGAGCUCUUUUGCGAGUUGCAUUCAUUGUAAUAUAUUGACACAAUAUAAAAAUAGGUGUACCAUAAGAAUUUUAUAUUUUUAUUUUUUUUGGAAAAAAACAAAC